AUGGCGCCUUCAAAACGAGGUCCCUCGGUCCUGGUGACUGACUCCCGCAGCAGACCGGCGCCUCGUCCUGCAGCGCAGCGCCGUGAUACUGGAGCAGGUGGUGCAGGCCGGCCACCCAUGCGCUUCAUCUCUGUCGACAACGUCCUCCAAUAUUCUUCCGACAUACCCUCCGGUCAACCUCGACCCGGCCCUGUCCAACGACCAGGCGGUCCCAUCGGCGCACGCCGCGUCACUUCUUCUUCAGGAGCUGGAGGAGGUCUGCCGACUGUCCAAUCAAGGUCAGGCCAAUCGAUUGUGCCAUCACGAACGACGAAGAUCAGCGAGAAGCUCGUUCUCUUGCCCGAAACCAUUGACGAAAGAAAGAGCUCAGAUGAGGACGAGGACGACGAUGCUGCUUUGCUGGCGAAAAGACUCGAACAGGAAGAGAGUCGGCCACUGAAGGAUGAAGAACUAGAGCUGCUGCGCAAGAGGGGCCCGAUCCGUGGCAAGAGCUAUGCCGAGAGAAUGCCCAAGGUGCAGCGAAAGGAGAAGCUUGCGCGGUUGACUGCCUACUGUACUGCUCAAUCGUACAAGACGAAAUCGACGGCCGAAUUCUUGCGCAAGAAGCACGGUGCCAAAACGAAGCUCUACGAUGAUUGUCUUUAUGCCAUUUAUGCGCUGCCUCUACUUCCAGGCUCUGAAGGCUGCCGGGUGCGGAGCCGGCCAAUGCUCAAAACGCCCGGCAGCGGGAAAACUGUGCUUGACCUCGAGCUGGAGCGAAGCGAGCGGAGGGGUCACCAGGGAGGAUACUUCCCAGAUGACGCCUACACCGGCACGAGCCCGACCAACGGAGAUUCGGAACAGCACUUCGAGGACCUGCGUCGUGGACGGUCCCAGCCGAAUGCGAAUCAAACGAUACAAUGA